AUGUAUAGAUCUCGUUUACCAAAGGCAGCAAUGACUUUGACUCCAGCGGCAGUAAACAAGCUCCGUCAAUUUGUUGAGGGGCCUGAGCCAAAAUUGAUUCGUGUAGCUGUUAAAAACAAGGGUUGUGCUGGAUUAUCAUAUGUCCUGGAAUAUGCUAAAGAGAAAGGGAAGUUUGACGAAAUGAUCACGCAAGACGGUGUUACUGUUCUGAUCGAAUCGAAAUCUCUUUUCAAAAUGCUUGGUUCUGAAAUGGAUUAUGUAGAAGACAAAAUAUCAUCUAAAUUCGUCUUUAACAAUCCAAACGUUAAAGAAAGUUUAAUUAUCAUUGCUGCUCGUAAAAAAUUAGAUACUCUUCGCUUUUAUACCCUUUAA